AGAUGCGUUUAUUUCUAACAAUUUGUUCACUCAAUGUGUUGAGCCUCAUCACUGGACUUCCUUUGGAAGAGGAAAAUAAUUGCGAAUUCUUAAAGCCUGUUAAUACCGACGACUCGUGGUCAAAUAUGUUUGAUAAUGUCAUUGAAUCUCUGGAAGAAGCCAUCAGUCGUGCUUCACAAUCCGAAAACUGCGCUUCCCAAGUCGAAUUCCUUCAAAGUAGCUUGGAUCGUGCUGAGAACAUUUCUGCCCCAGAAGAAAAAAUGGAGUACGUCGUUAAAUUUAUAGAUCAGCAAGCAGUUCACAUGAAAAAGGAACCAGAACGCACACAUUCCUAUUUGGGAAAAAGUGUGAUUAAUUUAUUUCAGAAAACAGUGGCUAAACUUACGCAAUUAAGCAGAAAAAUUAUAAGUGUGUCCGAAACAAUAGAUGAGAAAUUAAGCAUGGCAAUAGGUGGGAAAAGGAAAUACCUUUUUGGAAAUUAAGUGCGAAAAUCCCAAGAGGAUUGAACUUACCUUUAAGAAGGUGAGCUUCUUACCAAUAUGUUUAUAUUUCAUCAAAUACAUUAAAUAAAUGUGUGCUAACUAGAAAUGUUA